CUCCGGCCUCCCAUGCGUCUCCUCUCCUUUGUCGCUCUCGCUGCCUACCUGGCCGUUGCCUCUGCCAGCGUCAGUCCGCUGAAUGGCAGGGCAAUGGUUGUGCACGAGACCGUGAAAGCGAUCCCACGCGGAUUCGCCCAUGCCGGGUCCGUGGCACCGUCGCAAGAGGUCACGCUCCGCAUUGCGCUCGCGCAUACCGACAUUACUGCCCUCGAGAAGGUCACCUACGACAUUUCCAAUCCUGCCAGCGCGAAUUACGGCCAGCAUCUCACGGCCGAGAAGAUUGCGGAAUACGUCAAGCCGCCAGCAGAGACACUCUCCGCCGUAAACGCCUGGCUCGACUCGCACGGCAUUUCAGCCAAGUCCGUGUCUGCCGCCGGAGAUAUCCUGCAAAUCACCGUCCCUGUAAAGACUGCCAACAGUCUGCUCGCAGCAGACUUUGUUCAAUUCCAGCACAUCGAGAGCGGCAAGAAGAGCGUACGCACGCUGAAAUACUCGGUGCCGGCAGAGUUGCAGUCGAGCAUCAAGUUUAUCCACCCAACUGUCGCGUUUGUGCCCCCGCUCAAGGGCAUUCCCGGUGUUACCGCCAUCAACCACGUUCCGGAGACUAAACGCGAGGAGUUUGUUGAACUGCAAGGACGCGCGGUCCCGUCGAGUUGUGCCAGUAUUGUCACUCCCGCUUGCGUGCAGGCAUUGUACGGUGUUCCAGCGACCAAAUCCAACCACAGUGCUACGGGAAACACGCUUGGUGUCUCAGGCUACAUCGAUCAAUUCGCUAACUCCAAUGACCUGGCUUUGUUCCUCCGGAAUCUCAACCCUACCUUCUCUGGCUCGACCUUUAGCACCAGCCUAAUCGAUGGUGGUCAGAAUACGCAGACUACAUCGCAAGCGGGUAUUGAAGCCGACUUGGACGUUGAGUACACAGUUGGUAUUGCUGGAGGUGUCCCUGUUACUUUCAUUUCUGUCGGUGACCAGACCAUAGACGAUAUCUCCGGCUUUGUGGACAUUACCAACUUCAUCCUCUCCCUUCCCGUCGCGACACGUCCAACGGUUCUGACAACCAGCUAUGGUUUCAACGAGCCAGAUCUGCCAAUCGAACUUAACGUCGAGAUGUGUAAUGCUUACAUGCAACUCGGUGCUGCUGGUGUAUCGGUUCUCUUUGCCUCCGGUGACGGUGGAGUUGGUGGAGUCCAAACUACGGAGUGUACUUCCUUCGUCCCGACCGCACCUGGUGGAUGCCCCUUCAUCACCUCCGUUGGCGGUGUCACUGGUGUACCCCCGCAGACUGCCGCCUCGCUUUCAGGCGGAGGUUUCUCCAACCAUUUCGCCACGCCCGAUUUCCAGCUUGGCGAUGUGCAAUCCUACCUCGCAGGCAUUGGUGACCAGUAUGCCGGGCUCUAUAACGCAACCGGCCGUGGUUUGCCUGAUGUCGCAGCCUCCGCAGAAAGCGUCGAGAUCGCCUGGCAGGGUAGCUUCUGGCUUGUCGACGGCACGUCGUGCGCCUCCCCGAUCUUCGCGUCCAUCAUCUCGCUUGUAAACGACCGCCUCCUCGCAGCGGGCAAGCCUGUUCUCGGCUUCCUCAACCCAUUCCUGUACAGUCCCGCCGGCAGGGCCGCGUUUACCGAUGUUACCACCGGUACUAACCCGGGUUGUAAUACCAAUGGCUUCUCCGCGAAAGCUGGCUGGGACCCAGUUACGGGUCUUGGUACACCCAACUUCAAUCUGCUGCUGGCGGCUGCUGGUUUGUAA